AAUAAUGAAGAACGAAACGCCUCCCGGCACGCAGCGACCCCUUCCGUCAGUCCUGUUAUUUUUGCGACUCCCGCAGCACGCAGCUUCCUGCACUCCGUCAGAGGCCUGCAUUGGCCGUCCCUUCGUUAACUGCCUUCGUUCUUUACACCACGACCUACGUCUACAGCGAUCACUAGACCAUGAAGUCCCCUGCUGCUGCCGCCGCCGUCCUCGCUACGCAGCUCGCUUUUGCGUCGGCGUACAAGCUCGCGCAGGACUUUUCGGGCAAUAAUUUCUUCAACGGAUGGGACUUCUUCAACGGGUAUGACUAUUCUCAGUCUGGGGACGCUAUGUACCUGAACCAGUCGGCCGCCACCUCCGCGCAGCUCGCGUAUGUGGACAGUAAUACCGGGCACGCGAUCGUGAAAGUGGAUAAUACGACGAAUGUGCCGUGGAACUAUAAGCGGAACUCAGUAGAGAUCUACACUCAGGACUUCUACCCUAUCGGGUCUGUGUUCAUUGCCGACUUUGCGCACCUCCCGUAUGGCUGCUCGGUCUGGCCAGCAUUCUGGACACGGGGCGCCUCCUGGCCAGCGCAGGGCGAGAUCGACAUCAUUGAGACCGUCAACCUGAUGGGGUACAACCAGAUGGCGCUGCACACCACCGCUGGCUGCACGCACACGACGCCCGCGGACCAGGUCGGCGCGAGCGGCGAGACGAACUGCAACGCGACGAUCGGGAGCGGGUGCACCGUCGCGGAGAAGAAGGCGAACAGCUUCGGCGAGGGCUUCGCGAGCGCGGGCGGGGGCGUGUUCGCCACGCAGUUUGACGUGUCGGGGAUUUAUAUUUGGUUCUGGAGCCGUCCCGACGUCCCCUCGUCCAUUAGCUCUAGCAACGACACGAUCGACCCCUCUUCGUGGGGGGCGCCGUCCGCUGCGUACCCCUCGAGCAGCUGCGAUAUCAGCAACUACUUCGGCCCCCAGCAACUCGUGAUGGAUAUCAACCUGUGCGGGCAGUGGGCGAACUCGACAUACUCCCAGACAUGCGGUAACGGCGACUGCUACCUCAACAGCGUGAUCAACGCCGGCAGCCCGACGUAUGACAACGCGUACUUCGAGGUUUCCUACGUCCGCGUGUUCACUGCGGACAACGCGACCGUCACGACGCCGUCCGGGUCCAGCAGCGUCGGCGCGGGCGCGACGGGCACGCAUUCUGGUUCGAGUGCGAGCCAGACUGCGGGCUCAGGGUCGAGCUCAGGCGCGGAUGCGCUGGUUGCGGGGUGGGCGUGGGCGGCGGGGGCAUUGGUGGUGGCUAUGUAUUUCGGGAACUGAGGACCAGUUCUAGCGGAUGGUAGAGGAAAGGAGACGGAGGGUUGUUUAUACUUUGGAUUUUGGACUUUGUCGAACUGUUUGGGAUUAGUUGGCGUCGAUGUUGUAGCGGUAGUUAGUGUACAUACCCGUCCUUGCAGUUUGUCUGGAUACUGUUGUACCAUCCGAACUAUUCUGGACACUAAUGAAGCAGGAGUAUCGACUGUUCAUAGCUUAGAAUGUUGCACAAUAGUAAUGAAAAGCAUGUAGACGCCUCCAAUGAGGAU